UUCUCAAGCAAUGAAAUUUCUCAGGAAGAUUGUUCUUGAUGCAAAGUGGAUGAGAUCAAUGGCAUAUUAUGCACGAUCUAGGCAUACAGGUGCAUUAGAGAACUACCACAGUGUAAUCUUGAAGUAUGCCCCUAAACGAACAGCAUUUGGGUUUGAUGCAUUCAAAGCUCGCUGUUUGCUUGCUGCACUGGAUCACAAUGUUCAUGUGGACAGACAACAUGCACAACCAAAAACGUCUAGUGAGAGAAGAUUUCACAGAAAAUACAAUAAAAACUCACAACAGUGGACCGUUACAAAGGUCAAGCAGCACAAGACUUACCCACACAUUUCACAGCUUAUGCACAGAGUAUUACUGCGAAAAGUCAAAGAUACUGGAUCAGUACUACAGAAGCCAUUGAAAUCUUCUUUUGCGCAGUCAACUAUUGCUCCUGUUGCUCCUCCUGGUACCAGUUCUCUUGUAGAACAGCAGCGCAGCAGAACAGGUAACAGCAACUCAACAGUCAAUGCUCACACAACCAGAGAAAUCGAUGAAAUCGAUGACGUGGAUGCGAGAUAAAAGGAACAGUCAAUGUAUACCAAGAACCUACUUAGCUAAAGUUAGGGUACCU